AUGUUUACGUGGUCGUGGCUGUUUGGCAUAGUUGUGUUGGCGGCGCUAGCGGGCCCCGGCCGGGCUCAGCCCUCCGCCUACCCGGCGAACAUCACCACCUGCGAGCAGUUCGAACGAUCAGCCAAAUUCAAUCCCUACGCGCUUAUUGAUUCCAUGUGGAAAAUAUUCUACUUCUGGUCAAAUAACACUGAACUGACGCCGAUUGUGUUUGCGUUGGCCGGUAAAAGCCGGGUCCGAAAAUUCCGAGACUUUUUCGAGACCACGAAUCCAGGUUUGGGCGUGGAGUGGGAGAAGGCGACGUUGUUCAUGAACCCGCGGCCCGGCGUGGAGGUGCUGUUCCUGCACGCCAGCACGCCGGGGGCCUUCCGCGCGAUCGUCAAAAAAGAACAACGCGAUAAAGUGCGGCCACAGCCGGAGCCGCUGAUAAAGUUCGCCGACGUGAGGAUGAAACUUGUUGAUCGGUACCUGGCCAUGAUGUGUUGUGAGGAUAUGACGGCUUACGCUAUGGCGAAAAUUCCAGAAAUGCCCAAAACUGAAGAAAAGUGUAAGAAAGCGGCUGAACACGUCGGUUAUCAGGGAUACGAAGGACGCUCUUAUUUAGAACUGCUGAAAUAUAAUGAUGAACUUUAAUUUAAUGGUGAUGGAUUAUAUUAUAUAGAUUUAAA